UCAUUAAAAAGAUUCAAACGAAUGAUUCGUUGGCGAAUCGGACAUCAGAGGAGGGCAGAGAGAGAAAUCACAGCUACCACCAAAACAUGAUCACUACCACAAAGCCGAAACGCACCGGAUCAAAAAACGACAGCUUUCAGCAUUUCGGACCGAAACUGAGGUGUGGUCUCGGCGUCAGUUCGGGGGCUCUGUUUGGAGGACUCGUGUUUUCUCUCUGUUUUUAGCCGACAGGGAGUGGAUCUGUCUAAGACGCCAUCUUUAGCAUUAGAAGCCCGGGAGGGUGAAGAGUUCCUGGGGCCCCCGUUAACCAGCACCGGGCCGGAAGAGUUUCUGUACCGGACACUCAUGCUCGACAGCGAUCGGUUUUUCCUUGACUGAUUUUGGCUCGAUAGGUUUGUUUCUGUCUUCCGGGUUUGCCUGUUGUUGUGUUUGGAAGAGUUUUCCUGAUCUGGCUGCUCAUCCUGGCCUGUUGGGAGCGUAACGUGUUGGUCCGGAUGAGGCCACUGUCUUGCAGAUGAGCCAUCAGUGGGGGCUGUCGUGUGGCAGAUCCAGAUAGUAACUGGCUGCUGCGGCCCAGGCCCCGCCCCCUCCCAGCAUGCCCAACGCUGUUCGCGCGGGGAGCCUGAAGGACCCCGACAUCGCAGAGCUCUUUUUUAAAGAGGACCCCGAAAAACUCUUCUCAGACCUGAGGGAAAUAGGCCAUGGCAGCUUUGGCGCGGUCUAUUUCGCGUGGGAUGUUAGGACCUCCGAGGUUGUGGCCAUUAAGAAAAUGUCAUAUAGUGGGAAACAGUCCAAUGAGAAAUGGCAAGAUAUAAUAAAAGAGGUCAAGUUCCUUCAAAGGAUAAAGCAUCCAAACAGCAUUGAAUAUAAAGGAUGUUACCUGCGAGAACACACAGCAUGGCUGGUUAUGGAGUACUGUCUGGGCUCUGCGUCAGAUCUUCUGGAGGUACACAAGAAACCUUUACAAGAGAUGGAGAUAGCUGCGAUUACUCAUGGUGCUUUGCGGGGGCUGGCGUACCUUCACUCCCACAACAUGAUUCACAGGGAUAUCAAGGCCGGAAACAUCCUGCUCACAGAGCCUGGACAAGUGAAGCUGGCAGAUUUCGGGUCCGCGUCUAUCGCUUCUCCUGCUAAUUCUUUUGUUGGGACCCCUUACUGGAUGGCCCCAGAGGUGAUUCUGGCCAUGGAUGAAGGUCAAUAUGACGGAAAGGUCGACAUGUGGUCUUUAGGGAUAACUUGCGUUGAAUUAGCUGAAAGGAAACCUCCACUCUUCAACAUGAAUGCAAUGAGUGCCUUAUACCACAUCGCACAGAAUGAGAGCCCGUCGCUCCAGUCCAGUGAAUGGACGGACUACUUCAGAAAUUUUGUGGACUCAUGCCUCCAGAAGUUACCCCAGGACAGACCCAACUCAGAAGAACUUCUGAAACAUGCAUUUGUCCAGCGUGAGCGACCAGAGUCGGUGCUUAUUGACCUGAUCCAGCGCACCAAAGAUGCUGUGAGAGAGCUAGACAACCUGCAGUCCCGCAAGAUGAAGAAGCUCCUCUUCCAUGAGGCCCACAAUGGCCCUGCAGUGGAGGUCCAAGACGAUGAGGAGGAAGUGGAGCACAGUGUUGGCCGCACUGGCACGGUAAACAGUGUGGGAAGUAACCAGUCCAUCCCCAGUAUGUCCAUCAGCGCUAGCUCACAGAGCAGUUCUGUCAACAGUCUGCCUGAUGCCACAGAUGCCACCGACGACAACAAGAGCGAAGUAGAUCUGAUGGAAAAAGACCAGACCAUCAUACCCAACAGCACGCUGAUCCACAUCAAACCAGAUGAAGAGAGCUAUCAGGAAGAACCAGAGUCUCAAAAGCUGCCAGACGAGCCCAAGUCACCCCCAGCGCAAACUCCACGCCGCCAGUUCCGCAAUCGAGAACACUUCGCAACCAUCCGCACGGCGUCUCUGGUCACCCGUCAGAUUCAGGAGCAUGAGCAGGACUCUGAGGUUCGAGAGCAGAUGUCUGGCUAUAAACGUAUGCGCAGGCAGCACCAGAAACACCUACUGGCAUUGGAGAACAAGCUCAAGGGCGAGAUGGAUGAGCACAGACUCAAACUAGACAAGGAACUGGAGAACCAGAGGAACAGCUUUGCCGCAGAGAUGGACAAACUCGUCAAGAAGCACCAAGCCACUUUGGAAAAAGAUGCCAAGACUUUUACCUACGAUGAGAAGAAAUUCCAGCAGCACAUACAGAGCCAGCAAAAGAAAGAGCUCAGCAGCUUCCUGGAAUCUCAGAAACGAGAGUACAAACUGCGCAAAGAACAACUGAAAGAGGAAUUGAAUGAGAACCAAUCCACACCAAAGAAAGAGAAGCAGGAGUGGCUGUCCAAGCAGAAGGAGAACUUCCAGCACUUCCAGGCGGAGGAGGAGGCUAACCUUCUCCGUCGACAGAGACAGUAUCUGGACCUUGAGUGCCGAAGGUACAAACGGCGGAUUCUCAUCGCACGCCACAACGUUGAGCAGGAUCUCAUGAGAGAAGAACUCAACAAGCGUCAGACCCAGAAAGAUCUGGAGCACGCCAUGCUCCUCCGGCACCACGAGUCCAUGCAAGAGCUGGAGUUCAGGCACCUGAGCAACAUCCAGAAGAUGCGUGCGGAGCAGAUACGUCUGCAGCACCAGACCGAGCUCACCAACCAGCUGGAGUACAACAAGCGCAGGGAGAGGGAACUCAGACGCAAGCACGUCAUGGAGGUCCGACAGCAGCCCAAGAGCCUCAAGUCCAAAGAGCUUCAGAUCAAAAAACAGUUCCAGGAUGCAUGCAAGACCCAGACCCGACAAUACAAAGCCUUGAGAAACCACCUGCUUGAGAGCACGCCAAAACCAGAACACAAGACCAUGCUGAAGAGACUGAAGGAGGAGCAGACGAGGAAACUGGCAAUUCUUGCCGAGCAGUACGACCACACCAUCAACAACAUGCUCUCCACACAGGCUUUGCGCCUAGACGAGGCGCAGGAGGCCGAAUGUCAGGUGCUGCGCAUGCAGCUGCAGCAGGAGUUGGAGCUGUUGAAUGCGUAUCAGAGUAAGAUCAAGAUGCAGACGGAUGCCCAGCAGGAGCGAGAGAGGAAGGAGUUGGAGCAGAGAGUGUCUCUGAGGAGGGCUCUGCUGGAGACUAAGAUUGAAGAAGAGAUGUUGACCUUGCAGAACGAGCGCACAGAGCGGAUCCGCAGCCUACUGGAGCGGCAGGCCCGAGAGAUCGAGGCAUUCGACUCGGAAAGCAUGCGCUUGGGCUUCAGCAACAUGGUGCUGGCUAACAUCUCUCCUGAAGGCCUCAGCCACAGCUUCCCCGGGGCCCCGGCCAGCUGGAUCCCCCAUCAGCACUCGGAUAGUUCUCAGGGGACACAAUGGGGGGGCAGCAGCGGGUCAGGGUCCAGCCACCACUAUUACUCCGGUCAGGGAGGAGCGCAGGCUCAGGGAUGGAGUCAGGCCAUGCCCGGAGGUGGACUUCCACCGUGGGGCCACUCCUCGUCGGGUCCCCCAGGGGCCAUGCCAAAAAGCAGCGUGGUGAUGCGAAACAGCCCUCAAGCCAUUAGGAGGACCACCUCGGCGGGGCGCACUGAGCAGGGCAUGACUAGGAGCACCAGCAUCACAUCUCAGAUAUCCAACGGUUCGCACCUGUCCUACACAUAGACGCCAAUGCGUUUUUGCCAACCCUGAACAACCACAAACACACACAGGGUGGGGGAACGCACUGGCUCAGACGGGCACAGAGAGCAGAACUGGAUGCACUUGUCCACCCCGGCUCCCUCUGAUCUUUUCUUUCUUUUUCGUUUUUUCCCUGUAUGUUUCGUCCUCCUACAUGCAGAUUUGCAUGCAACCGUAAAUAUUGCUCAGGUCAGGAGGUAUUCUAACUCUACAUGAAACGUGUUUGAUAAGCAUGCAGAGCUAGAGUCACUUGAAAGGUAACUUGAGAUGUGUUUAGUGCUGAAGAUAUAUAGAGAGAGAGCUAUAUAAAAUAGAUGUUUAUUGAUUUCGUUCACUUAAUGUGUGGAUUAACAAACCAAAAGCAUGUUAAAAGGAAGUUGGACGUAAUUUUUUACAAUAAUUUAAGUUCUUGAAGAUUGUGGAAGUAUGAAGUGAACAGGGACACUUUUGCAAGAUAACAAACUAUAGGCCUGCUGUCAUGCUUUAGGAAAAGGAACAAUAAGGGGUUUGAAGAACAAGGAACAGAAAUCAGAAUGACAUGAGUAUGAGCAGUGUUUGUAUGUCUGUAUUAGGAAGAUGGUCAGGCAAUCUGUCGCAUUGAUUUUAAGUUUGUAAGUGUUAAAAUUGUCAGAUUUCAGUUUUGAGUUUACCUAUAUUAAGCAUUUUACUUUUUUAUCUGUUGAAUCAAAAACUUGACCAUAUAGACUUUUUCUAUAACGUUUUGUUUGCAGAAGAUUAGUGAGGUCAUGUUGCCCAAGAUGUGUGUUUUUGCCGUUUGCGAUUGAGGAUUCGAGGAAAUGUGCUCAUAUCUCCUGCGUGCUUCACUUUUUUUUGUCUGUACUUGAAUUAGGUCACAUGGUUUUGAGACCGUCAGUCUGUCGUGUCUCAGUCUUUGAUAAAUCCAUCCUUCAUAAAGUGAACCUAAUGUCAUCUGGAUUGGGUGUUAAUGUGACAUAAAGUAGUAUAUUUCAGAUGCAGUCCUACAUUACUUGAUAUUAAAUCAGUAUGCUUUUGGUUCGUUCGUGUUGCAUACAAGGAGCUAAAUGGUAUCAGAUCUAUGUUCAGUGCCUUGAAUGUGUUACUGGUUUGAAAAUUGGCACAUGCCACAGAUAUGAAUGUUUUUUUCUCCCAAAGUUAGAUUUAGUAUAAUUUUAAACCCCAGGUAGUGAACAGACGCUAAAUUUGUCCAGUGUCUCGGUGUAACAGAACAGAAGUAAUUGAUCAGGAGUAUGUGUGGGUUUGAGAGAAGCUGCAUGUUUGACUCAUGGAUGCUUGUGUGAGUGUGUGAAUACAUUUGGUUGCGUACAUACAGAUGGAUUUCCCAAUACUGUAAUACUAAACCCGUUUUGUUAAUACAUUUUCAAGGUGCCUUUUUGUAGCUGCCAAGCAGAAGCACUUUAAGGAAUAUUUUUACAGGUGUUUUGGAGUGCAGGUGUAUGUAGUGUGUUAUAACACUUGGUAAGUUUCAGACCCAAGUUUGUCCAGAUGUUUGCUGUUCAGGGUUCAAACAAAGAUCGUUAUGGUCACUUUAAGGAAGUGGUAGAUAUGAAAGGGUUUGUCAGUGAUUUUGGAAUUGUUUAUCAGAGGAAUCAAUUAAUCCUUGAAUGUACUUUGUCCUCCAUCAGGUUCGUGUUUUCGACACUUUGAGAUUGUAAAGAAUUGUGGGUGCAUGAUUGACUUCCUUUUCCCUGAAGGUCAUGACAGCAGGCUUUAUGUGAAACAUAACAAGCAAAACCCUUUCAGUGCAUUUAAACACCCUUGCGCUUGAUCCGAUGACUUUAAGACUAAAUAGCAAAGGUUGUUUUCAUUGUUUCGAGAAUACAUUACCAGUCAAAAGUUUGGACACACUGAACACAUCCCAGGUGGAAGUCUUGGCAAAGAUUGUAUGCGUUGAAUAAGCUGAAGAACCUAUCUUACUUUAUUUUUAUUAUUAUUUUAAUGUGGAAAAUAAUAACAUCAUCAAACAAGUGAAUAACACACAAUUAUGUACUGACCAAAGAUAAACAUCUUUGCUUCAAUAAAAUACAGAUCUGCGCACUGUGGCCCUUCUUUUAACCAGCUGUGUCCAAACUUUUGAUAAAACGAUUUAUAUGAAUCAAUAGCGACCCCAAAGAUAUAGAAAUAGCCAAAAAGUAAAUUCUAGUUUCUCCCUCGUUUGUUAACUGGUAAGCAAUUGAGAUGACCAAGCACAUGAAUAUCAUUUUUCUGUAGGUCUAACAGGGAAAUCUUUUAUGUUUUCAUUCCUCCCCUGCUUCUGUCCUCUGUGCCGCCCGUUCGGCAGGUGUCAGUGCCCAGCGUUCGGAGGAUACGAGAUGUGCUGCCGAUGCCCCUGCCUGCCCACACGGUUCCCCACUGCUUUAUCUGCCUCUAUGCCAUCACAUCACGCUAAGCUCAGUCUGGAUCCAGCCGUUUUUAGUAGAUGAAUGUCUAAAUGUACUUUCUCGGCCAAGCUAACUUCUAAGCGAGUUUGUCUAGUUUGUUCAUGCGACAUCCCUAUGACUGCAGGAAUUACUAUAAUGGAAAACCGUUCAUUCUUGUAAAAGUUUCACUCACGUUUUAACACUUCUGAUGGAGUACAUUACCCUCGCCCUAGUUCAAUUAUUGGUGAAGACGAAAUACUUCCUUGCAGUCCCCUCCCAAGUAGGAAGCACCUUUAAUCCCUUUAUUCCCUAAGAGCCUGAUUUACCAAAUGGAUCCAGCUCUAAUCCGAGAAUAGAAAGUGUACCGAUCUAAACUCUUUAGAGUCAUCAUCUAGGGGAAAGUGUUCAUAUUGUACAUUUGAGUAAAAGAUUUUAAAAAAGACAUUAAAGAUUCGAUGGUGGCACGGUUUCCACCCAUCGAGAAUCUAAAUAUAGACAAGUUUUAAAGAAAAAUCGUUAAUGUAAAACUAUGUACAUUGAGCUUUUAAGAUGUUAUCGGCCUGUGUACAUAGAGACUCACUCUGGGGCCUCGGAUAUGAACUUCAGGGAGUAGUGUGUGUUUACAUGUCAUCUCUACACACUUUCUGUUUUCCAUUUUUAUGAGAUCAUUUGUCUUUUGAUCAAGUGUCUGCACAUGCCACAGUGGGUCCUCAAACGCCUUCAUGCGGAAUCCUUCAUUUGUGUGAAGUUUGUAUAAGCAGGUGAACAAUCCAGAAUAUCUACUUUGGCUUCAAUUUAACAACAAAUGUGCAGAACAGAGCUGUUAAAAAUACAGCCAUAUUAUUCCGUUAUAAUUCUCCAAUAGAUCUGCAUUUGAUAUUUGGGUAAACCUUUUGUUUUUAACCAACAGACGAUCUCAUUAGUCCAGUUGUUGUUUGUUUUUAUGGUUGUUUUUAAGCAGACCUUCUGGGGGAGGACUUGGGUUGGCAUUACUCAUAAUUGUGAUAACUGUUUAUUUGUCAAACCUGCCAUCGAUAUAGAUUAAACAUCUUAUUUUUUCAUUUUAACCUAGUUUGAAACACUUGUCCUACUGACUGGAAUUAGGGGAUAUGUAAAUUAUACUGAUAUAUGAGAAAUACUAGAAUGACUUUUAUUAUAAAUAAUAAUCGAGGUUAAACCUCUGGUCAAACACUGUGCCAUUCCACAGCUGCCAAGCCCAAUCACUACUGCAUUGUGUCCUCUCCGGAGAAACCUAUUGACAGGUUAUAAAAAAGUGAUGUUACUAAGUUUUAAAGCAUCUGAACCCUUUGGCGCCAACACUACAGAGGAUUAAAAUGAGAAGGUAUAGAGAGGGACUGGUUUGAGGGGAAUGGCUACAUUUCUGUAAAGAACAUCAGUAUUCAUUUGCUGUGUUUGAGAUUUCAUACUAAUGUAGCCUACUACGUACAGAAUUGUUUUCGAGUAUGAGUAGUAUGCCAUUUCAAACGCACCCAUUGUUUUCUGGCUCAGCAUCACCACUAUAGCUUCAACGUAACCUGUAACAAAAUGUAUAGAUUGUGUAUCAUGUUAUUGAAUGUCUAAAAGAUUAUAAAAAAGUUUAAAAAUACAGAAUAAAUGGGUUGAAAUUGUAUUAAAGUAUUCUUGAAUCGGAGAAAAGUCUAGGGAUAAAUGAAAUAUUUUUUUCUUCUGUAUUACUAUUGUGUUGAUGGAGGAACACUGUUCAGAGGAUACGCUGUAAUAAAAGUACAUUUAGUACAACUA